AUGGUUCCUGCGCCGAGUUGUCCCUUAAGUUGGGAUUAUUGGACGUCCACGCCGUCGGAUUACGUAGAUUUAACGUGUUUGAUGCCAAAUUCAAUUUAUUUACCAGUAUCAGUUAGCUGGGAUGCAACUCUUCAAGAUGUUAAGGAGGAAAUAUGGGACUUGGCGGGGAAGAUGCCACUCUUUGGCAUGCUUCGAGAAAUGUCUGGUUAUGUAUUUCAAUUCAUCAACUCAUUGGCUGUUCCUGAAGAAGUUGAUGAUGAGAAUAAGCGUGUUCGGGACAUAAGGCCAGUAUUUGGAGUACUCAUGAUAAUUGAGAGAUCCAUAGAUAAGCCUGGAGAGACCUUGCUUAACACUCAAAUUAGCAGAUUAAUUGGGAAAGGUUUAAAUGAAUUUGAUAGUUUAAGAAGUUCUGAAGUAAAUGACUUCCGAAUGCGAAUGAGAUGUCUAGCUGAAGAGAGUUUAAUGAAGCGUGCCCAGAGCACACCCUUAGACAGAUUAAAAUACCACUGCCCACCGAGACUGGCUGACAGCCCGUCUGUACCUAUUACACUUAAUAGCCAUUUAAAUAAUAAUUGUUUUAUACUUGUCACUAAAGUUGCCAAUACAGAGGUGAGUUUUGAGUUUUUAUUUGCUUUUUUUAAAAGGUACUGGUUAGCAUUUAAUAUAUUUCAUAUAUUUUUGAGUUCAAUAACAUAUCCUAGUAUAUAA